UUGUUUCAGUGGUCUCGUACCAGCAGUCGUCGUUUCCACCAUGCAGCAGCAGCAGCAGCAGCAGCAGCAGCAGGAGCAGCUCAACGUGUCCAACAUGAGCUCCGCGGUGCAGGUGUCGGUUGAGAACCAGGUGGCCAGCGCCGUGCUGGGCGUCUGUUUCAUCCUGGGGGUGCCUGGGAACCUGGUGGUGGUGCACGUCCUCAGACACAAACUGGGAGGAGGGAGCUUCACGCUGUGGCUGAUGCUGAACCUGGCCGUGUCGGACCUGCUGACCCUGCUCACCCUGCCCGUGUGGAUCCACACUCUGCAGCACGGCUGGAGCUUGGGCUCGGUGGCCUGCAAGAUUCUGGCCCACUUGGUGUACUGGAGCCUCUACACCAGCGUGCUGUGCGUCACUCUUCUUAGCGUGCAGCGCUACGUCCAGGUGCUCUACCCACAACGCUGGACCAAGAUCAAGGCCACGGUCCAUCGGAUCCUGCUGGCCAUCGUGUGGACUCUCGGGGGCCUUAUGUCCUGUCAUGCUCUGGUGCAGAGAGAGGUAGUGCUGUUGAAGGACGGGCUGCUCCACUGCAGGCCAGAGUACGGGUCAGAUGGGGAGAAUAUAGCCACUCAUCUGCUGGAGAGCCUGCUGCUCUUUGUCCUGCCGUUCUCCAUCCUGGCCUCCCUGUACAUCGCCCUGCACAGAAGGGUGAAGCAGACCGUUCGCUCGGGUCACAAGAGAAUGAAGAAGCUGGUGUUCAGAAUCAUCAUGGUCUUCUUCGUCCUGUCCAUUCCGAUCCACCUCAACAAUUUGCUGACUGUUGGGGCAGUUUCUUCAGGAUCACAAAACUUCCUGCAGUUCACAAGGGUCACUGGGAAUAUUGCCGGGGCAGUGACCUUCAUCAACAGCUGUGUGAACCCAUUCCUGUAUGCUUUCUCCCACCGGACAUUGCGACGCGCGUCCAUUAUUGGGACACUGAAUCAAAACAGCUCAUCUGUGCAGUCUUGCUCCAUCAAUGCCAAACAGCACGUGAUGGUAUCAGGUGAUCUGAUCUAAUCACAUAUCAGAGCUCAUCAACACUUUUGUUGUCGUAAGUAAGUCAUGUUCAGUCACUUCACUGUCUUGACAUCUCAGACAUUUGUCAAGUGCAGAGUUUAGUUCAGUAAAGAUGUAUGGUCUGCCUGAUGCUAUGCACUGGAAUAAUACAAGAGUCAUGUGCAAGGUUUGUAAAGGUUACUUAAAUGCAAUAGCUUAGCUACCCUAUUAAACUGAAAUAAUGCCACUUCUAAAAAUUAGCCCAAUUCAUUAAAAUAAUGUAACUGAUUUGUUUGCUUUUGAUUGGCAGACUGAGACAAAUGAGAAAAAAUGAGAAAAAAAAUGAGUAAUGAGUACCUUCCUCUAAAAUGAAGUGAGCCUAUCUAAAUGGCCAAAAGAUGGAAAACAAGAGAAUAAAUAUGCAUUAAUAAAUGUUAUCUAUUUUUCACAUUAGUUUUAAGCAAGAUGAAUACCAGUUUAACACGAAUAAUACAUUUAAAUGCAACUCCUUUGUAGUCAACAACAUUGAUUAGUAAGUACAAUUUAUUUUCUCAGAAACUGUAUCAUUUAUAUUGUGAUUUAAUCAUAAUCCCAUUACAUGUAAUUAACUACUCCCCUGGUGAAGUGUAUGUAAAUCUAUUGUGUAUCACAUUUUGAGUAUAAGGCUGUGCUUUAAUUUUUCUUUAAACAUUUUCAAUGUAGAACAUACUAUAUAUAUAUAUAUUUUUUUUUUUUUUUACAAAAUUCCUUACAUUAACAAUUUCUGCAAUUAUAAUUAUAUCAGAUUAUUACAAACAUAUCAGAUUCCAUGUAAUCACUGAUGGCAUUCACUGUAUA